AUGACCGUCCAGGUGCAACGGACCGGUAGACUUUUUCAAGCUUGGUUUGCGACGGUCAGGUAUCACCUGGGGGCAAAAAAGGCGAAAAGACAAUGCAAGGAGAGGAAGAAGUUGGAGAUCCGGGGUCUUCUACAGCAAGCCGAAGCUGCUGCUGGUCGAGGCGACCAGAGGUCGGUCUAUCAAGUAGUGAAGCAGCUUGCGCCCUGGGCUCCGCGCAAUAGGGUUCUUCUGAAAGAUAAGGAAGGCAGGCUCCUCACCCACAAGGAAGAAAAUGAUGCCCUGGUUAGUCACAGCCGUGCGCUGUUUGCCCCACAACAGUCGCAACCGUCGAGAGCCGGGGUCAAGCUUCCGCUGGACUUCCCCUUACAGGACGUUGAACGACAGCUUCAGGCCACCAAAAUAGGCAAAGCGGUGCCGAAACACGUUGCCCCGGCCGCUGCUCGGCGUAUUGGGGCGGCGGCCAUCGCCCCCCACCUUAAGACAAGCCUAUCUGUUGAGCGCGACAGCCGACGACUCCCUACCCGAGCGCUGGACGGACGCGUGGAUCACGCGCCCUCGCAGCCUGCUGCCCUGAGACCCAUAGGGCUGAUGUAUCCGGAGGCCAAGGUGUUAGCGGCGCUCAUCAAAGAACGUCUUUAUGACCAUAUUCGGCCCCAACUGGAAUGGGUGCCGCAGUUCGCCUACCAACCGGGGCGCGACCUGCACGAUGCGUUAGCGCGGGUCCAUGCCUGGUGCGGGCUGUGUCGGGAGAAACUUAACACUUUCACGCCAGGCAGGUUUGCCAUGAAAGAGAGAGAGGCCACGGGGGACAUAGCGAUAUAUGCGUUGGAGGUGCGAUCCUAA